AGUCAUCUGUUUUUUUUUUUUAGGCAAGAUAAACUUAUUUUUAAUUUAAAUUUCUUAAUAUGAAAAUAUAUUUCGUAUCAAUCUCAGUAAUCACCGGAAUUAGCAUAGUGACAAUGUUUUUGUUACGAAAAAGAAAUCGAUCCGCGAAAAAAUGUUCAUUGCCGUGGUUAAGAACUUUAAUGAAUUUCUCCGUAAAGGAAACAUUUCGAGAAACCAAUUUGACUAUUUGUCGAAAGUUUUUCAAAAAUUACUUCAGAGGUAUAAAAUUGCAUAAGACGUUUAAUAGUUUUAAUAAGAAUAACUUUCCACGUGAGAAAACAGAGAUUUUGAAAACACAAGAACCAUCCGUUUACGACGUAACUCCUUUGACCAUCGGUAAAAAGAGCAUAUUUGGCAUCGCGCGACCCUUAAUUGCCGUUUACCAAAAUUCUCGUUAUUAUCCGAACGGAAACUUUACUCCAAAUUCCACGUUUACAUGGAAAACUUCGGCUAAAAGCUUUCGAAUACAAGCCAAAAGCGAUGAUAUGGAGAAAGACCAAAAUCAGUCGAUAGUUUUAGAUCGAUCCCAGAAGGAUAAUUCUUGGACCACCGUACAAUAUUUACAAUUAUCCGACGAGAAAGAUAACCGAGAAGAUAUUAAUAAAAAUCAUCUCCAUCCAAUGUUGAAGAAAUUUCAGUUUGUGCGAAUCAUCGCCAAAGGUUCUUUCGGAGAGGUGGCUCUGGCUAAAGAUUCGCUGACGAAAGAGUACGUCGCCAUCAAAUCGAUCAAAAAAUUAAAACGUUUGUUGGGAUGCAUCAAAAGAGAAAAUAUGGUAUUUGCAUUAGUCAACUCUUCCUCGCAUCCAUUUUUAAUAAAUAAAUGGGCUUCUUUUCAGAUAAAAACACACGUGUUUUUUGUUAUGGAAUAUUUUCCCGGCGGAGAUCUUUACCUACACGUUCGAAAUACUUCAUUAUCCGCUCUUCAACAGCAAGCGAUCUUUUACAGUGCCUGCGUUGUGAUGGCCGUAGAAUUUCUACAUUCUCACAACAUUAUUCACAGGGAUCUGAAACUUCAAAACAUUUUAAUGUGCAAAGACGGAUACGUGAAGGUAACGGAUUAUGGUUUGAGUAGAAAACUGUAUCCCGGUUAUUACGCUCAUUCGGUAUGUGGCACGUUGACUCAUAUGGCGCCGGAAGUAUUAAAUAAGGAAUUGUAUACCAAAGCCAUCGAUUGGUGGUCGAUGGGAAUAGUACUGUACGAGAUGUUAACAAAAAAAUGUCCCUUUAUGGGUCGCGAGAAGAAAUCGAUUUUGAAUCUCAUUUACAAGAACGACAUCGAUUUUCCGCCAUAUUUGAACGCCGGUUCCGUCGAUAUUAUUGGAAAAUUCUUAAAGAGAAAUCCGGACGAACGACUCGGAAAUCGAAUAAGUGGAGUGGAGGAAAUCAAGCAACAUCCUUUCUAUCAAAUAAUUGAUUGGGACGACCUCAUACAAAGAAAAUUGCAACCUCCAUUUAUUCCAACGAUGUCUCAUUUACAAAAUAAAGUAGAAAGAGAAACGGACAAUUGGCCACCUUUCACUAACGAACAAACGGACUCCUUUAUCGAUACCGAUCUAGACAACUUCUCAUAUUUGGCCAAUUGGUUACAAGUUACAACCUUAUGAUAAAUCAACGACGUUCUUCAGUACUCUAAAUUGCCAUUAAUUAAAUUAUAAAAUCUCUAAUUUUUGUUUUUGAGUGAGGAAAUUCGUUUAAGUGUAGUUUCUGGAAACUUGUAAUUAGGAAUGUUUGUUGGAUGCAGAAAAUUUAGCAAGAAAGAACAUAACAAAAAAUAAAAUAAAAUUAUAAAAAAUAAGAACGUAAUGCGAUAAUUAUGAGCAUGCAUAAAUUUG